AUGGGUUAUUCGUGGUCCUCUGUUUGUACUGUUUUGCUCACUCUUCCAUUUGCUGUUAUAUUAUUACUUUUAUCAUCGCUGCUGCGGCUGUAUAUUGAAUUUUUUAGUACAGUUCCUCAGUUUGUCUUUUUGAGGUCGUGCUCGCAGGCAUUUCUUUCAAAGCUGUACAUGUCGUCCCUUUUUGUUCGUUUACCAGCUUUGAAAAGGUACGUUCAAUUGAUCGACAACUUCGUUGUAAGUUUGUUAGCCUCUUUCGGCGGAGGUUGUAUUUUGACAUGUGCCUCUUUGGGUAUUCUGUUAACCCUUUUACUGGCCGUCAUCAUGGCACUUUCGUUUCCUGAUGAAAGUCCCCCCUUUGUGGCCUGUUUUCUUCUUUUCUGUUACUACUUGAUGAGCAGCUACAGCUCAUUCAGUAGCAGGUACCAUGAUAUCUCCCUUGCAAUUUUUAACUGUUACAAAAAACAAAGUCAUCGAAUCUCCCACGAGGGACUGUGCACAAACGUCAAAACCGAUCCUUCCAAAAGCAAACGCAACGUGAUAAAAAUCCCGAAGGAGCUUUUCGAUAUGGCUUGCGCAGAGCUUAAGCCCAUCAGAGAAACUCUUUGCAUAUUGAUUUUGAAGGUGGCCUUCAUUUCAAGUUUCGUAUUCCUUGUCUUUUACUUGAUAAUGCGGCUACAUCUCGGUCUUAAGCCUGUUGCAAAAACUGCAGUUGCGUUUUUUACCGGGUUAUUCCCCAAGAUCGUCACCAAAUACCUAGGAGGAGAAAGACAAAAACGAAUUUGGGCCUUGGCCAUUGAAGAGAACGCUCCUAAAAUUGUUGAAGCCUACUUGAACAGAGUACCACGAGCCAAUCAAGGGCAGGAAAAUUCUGGCGUUGAUGCCGAUGAAGUAAGUUUACUAGUUGAUGAAGAUGAAGAGAUUGUCGAGAUGGUAAACAUACAUUGA